AUCAAUGAUUGGGCGAGGAAUUGUUAAAUGUCAUCCUUGCCACGUGUAGUACCGCUAGCUUUUUCCUACAGUGCAAUAACUGAUAAGCUACUGGACUAGGUGGUGGAGAACUAGAAUAUUGUCGGUAGCAAUGAACGGGUUGAACACUAGACGUAUCUUCAUGGGCCAGUUGCCGAGACACACUCGGGACUUCCACGUGAAGAUAGUGUUGGACAGUUACCACUUCUCCUCUCGGGUGGUGAAGAUGGGCACUGGCUAUGCAUUCGUGGACAUCGAAGACAGACAGGGGAGGGACGAAGAGACACUUCUGCAAGUGUUGAAAAGUAUUCAUGUAGAUGGUCAGAGUGUGAAGGUCGAGUUCUGUUCAUCGGGUCCACGAUCAUACGGAUCGGAUAGACGGGUGAAUAAUAACAAAGUGGUGGUUCACAAUUUGCCGGAUUCCCUGUCUCUACAAGAUGUGAAGGCCUUUCUCAGCGAUGUCUCCAAUGGGACUAUCAACGUCAAACAGUGUGACAGGGCGAACAACAAGACACUCUCCAAAGCAUCAUACAUUGUACAUCUUAAUACUCCAGAAGAGGCGCAAAUAGUGUUGAACAGUGUGACCGGGGUAGUGUAUGGAGAUGCUACUCUGAAGGUGGUGCCUUUUGCCGAGAACCACGGAGGCAGGUACAAGUACAGGAGCAACUCUGUUAGCGACAUCUCCCACGCUGCACCCAACUCGCCCGUCUAUCCUUUCCGAUUCUUGGUGCCGACUCACAUGAUUGGUGGCAUAAUUGGAGUGAAUGGAGCCACAAUCAAGAAAUUCCAAAUUGAGUCUGGAGCUAGAUACAUCAUAGUGGACGUUCAGCAGAAAGAUGAACGAUUUCCUGAUGAAAAGCCAGUGACAGUUCUGGGAAGUGCGGAAUCACAGAUAUCAGCAAUGGAUAAAAUACUAAAGUUCUUGGACGACUUGAUCGUUUCGAGGUGGUGCAGUAAAGAAGAGCUAACAACGAAGUCAAACACAUGUGUUAAAAGCAGCAGUGCAAAUGUCCUAAAUGGUCACGCUGAAAACGGAUCCCACUCCUUAGUAAACGGAACUCAUGACGAAGAGCCCUCAGAGUGCCUUAGCAAUGGAAAUGCAGAAACAGGCGCAAUUCAAAGUCAAGCAAAUAACCUCCAAAUUCCAGAUGUCAUAUCGGAUUCUCUUGCCGCGACCAGCAACGAAGCUGCAUCGCAAGAUCACAGAUCAUCUAACUCGCCUUCCUUAGACUCAGGGAUCAAAUCAGAAUCAUCCGAAAACGGUUCCAGCGAGCUACAAAGCCAAGAAGUGCCAAAAGAAACAAAGAGUUCUGCUUCUACGAAGUCAACAGCUUCGCCAGUUGAGUUUGGAACGAUGACUGAAUUUCGAGUGCCGCUGACAGUUAAAAUUCUAACACAUGACCACUUGAUUGGUAGGCUGAUAGGUCGCGGAGGUUCAAACCUGGCUGAGAUCAAGAAAAGCACGGAGACGAGGAUAACCAUUCCAAAUAGUGCUCCUGGAAGUGGUUGUAAUGGAAGUGGAUUCCACUGCGAAUCCAACGAAGGGUUCAGUUCAUAA